GCGCACAGCCGCCGUGAUCUUCGCUCUUGUGCUCCUUUCGGCAGCCUGCAUACCUGGACAUAGCUUGACAGCACCUUUCCAGACGGUGCCAUCAGACACGCUUGCGGGCCUGAACAAAAGCGGCCGCGUCAGCGCCGCGGUUCCGGAGCCGCCGCCUGCAGCCUUCCGGGCAACCAAAGGCAGCAGCGUACAAGCGAGGGAGAAUCAACAAGUUUGCCUACAGGGGUGGCUGGGACGGACUGCCCAGAAUUUGAGCGUGAGCACAUCAGCCGCGCUUCAGCGCGUACUCGCGGAGCUAUUCGAGCACCUCCGCGCGGCCUCGCAGCGAUUGCCGUUUGGCAAAGCCGAAGGGCUCCAGGUCUCUCCACAGUUUGCGAGACCGCCGACCCACGGACCCCUUGCUGCCGACAGCGCGGCCCCGUCAGCCUCUGGGGCAUCGCCUCAGCAGGCGAGCCGACACAUUCGCGGCAGCAGCCACUUUGGGCAACAGCAACGAUACCGCUCCAGCAUCCGACAGCGUUUGGCUGGCACCUGGCAGCGCCUGCAGCGCGUGCUGCGGCACCACAGCACGGCUAGCUACAGCCCAUCCCGCCCUGUCCAGGUGUCGCUUAUCCCCAUGGCAUCAGUGGCGCUGGCGGUGUUCCUGUCGGGCGUGGUUGCGGGCCGCCUGAUAGAGCGGCGGCAGCAGCGGCGGCGCGCAGGAGGUGGCGGCAGCGGGCACGAGGCAGGCGAGGGCGAGGCGGCCGCCGCCGCCACCGCAGCAGACGGCGGCGCAGCGCGGCCGCUAACGCCGCCAGAGCUCCAGCCCCACCAACCGCACCACCUGCGCUCCAUGGACCGCCCACACCUGCACCCUCUCCCGCACUCUGACAGCUUCUUACAACAUGCGGAGCCAACGACGCCGACAGUUAGAGUCCAGCCGGCGACUGCAGCCGCCACCUCGGGAACCGCGCAGGAGCUCACCGCGGUGCCACAAGCUGCGCAGCUGCCGCAGCAGCCCCGGCAACAGCGCAGGUGGCGGCUGCUGGGGCUUAUCCCGAUGGGGCGCGGCGGCCGAGACAGCAGCGAGGAGCAAGGUGCCGCUGCCCCCAAUGGCAGCUAUGCAGACAGCGGCGGUGGCAGCGGCGGCGGUGGCGGCGGUGGCGGCACCAUCACCGGCACUGACACCAGCACUGUCAGCACUGGGCGCACCCCAGCAGCCGGCGGCCCGCCAGUCACGCCGCCGCACCCGCACAUGGCACACGCAGUGCCAGCUGCUGGUACGCCCUUUGCGCCGACCACCAGCGCGCACGCUCCUUCCCUACCCUGCCCCUCACCCAAGCCCUCGGGCGCACCCUCUUCUGCCGCCGCGUCCGCUACCCCUGCUACCGCCGUGACUGCUGCUGCGCCGGACGCCGCCACACACUUGGAACACCCGCGCCACGUGUGGUACGUCAACGAGCAGGACCUGCAGUACUUUCGGCUGCGGGCGGAGCAGGACGUGUCGGUGCCGGGCGCGGGGCCGUGGACCCACAUGAUGGACAAAGAGGCGGCCCGGGUCUACAGGUACACGGCGCACCGCCGCGCGCUGCCCAGCGGCCUGACCGAGUACCGCUCCGUGACGGUCAUCCCAGACACCAGCCCGCUCGAGUAUGUGGACUUCUCAUUGGACGACAAUUGCAGGUGUCGCUGGGAGGGAUUCAUGGUCAGUGCGGAGGUGCUGGAGGCAGGAGACCAGCGCCUGCGCCAGCAGGUGGUGCGCUGGAUCCGCACCUUCCCCUUCGGCUUCAUCACCGACCGCGAGUACGUCAUCGCGCGGGCGCUGUUCGCGGUCACGCCCGACGGCGCCGUACACCGCGGCCUGCCGCCGCCCGCCCGCCUGAUGGGGCACCCCUCCGGCCCCUCAGCCAGCCUGUCGGCCCUGCAGGUGUCGGACCUGUAUGUGGUCACCAAGAGCAUCGGGCACCCGGGCGCAGCGGACGGGCAGCACGGCGGCAAGGUGGUGACCAUCCCCGAGUACUACAGCAUGUGGCGCUGCAGGACGGUGGCGUGCCCCUGGGGCGGUCAGCGGCCGGCGGUGGAGGUGCUGCUGCUGCACAGUGAGGACAUGCGCAUACCGGAGCGGCUGGCACGCAUGGCGAUUUCCAUGGGCAUGUCCAAGUUCGUGUCCACCAUGGCCGCGGCAGUGCCGGGCUUCGUGGCGGAGAGGCGCCGCCGUGGCCUGGCGCCAACCCAGCCCGACCCGCAGGCGUAUGGGCACCACCAUCAUGUGUACGGCCGGUCCGCCCGCGCCGCCGCAGCGCGGGCCGCGGAGGAGCACGAUGUGGCGGCACCAGGAGGGGACCUGGCGGCGGCAGGAGCGGCCCCAACGCCCGCCGGCUCAUACGCGGUCACGCAGCCCCGGCAGCUGGGCACUGCCGCCUCACCAGCCGGCCCAGCCCAUACCCCGCAGCAACCGGCGGCACCGGCGACACCGCACCCUGUGCCACACGGCCAUGCCGCGCCUGCAGCAGCCACGCCGGCCUCAACCACAGCCACGCCCUCUUCCGCGGCGUCGCAGCCCUGGACGCCGCUGGCUGCAACAACACCCAGCAGCAACGGCUCCUCAGCCUUCUCCGUCGCCUCCACACCCACGGGCCCUGUGCGCGCUUUGUGGAGGCCGCACGUGGCAUCUACCUCCCCCAAUCCACACCACUGGCCCGACACAGACAGCGCGGGCACAGCAGGUGGAAAGACCAGCGCGCGCGGGGCGGGCGGCAUCGCGCGCUUCAGCCUAACGCAAGUGGCUGUGGGCGGCGACGACAUCGGCGGAGGCGCGGUGGCUCAGCUAGAGGACAACGCGGCGGCAGCUGGCGAUGGCACAGUGCAGCGUCAGAAGCAUCAGGAGGGCAAUGGCGAGGCGGCGGCGUCAGGAGCGGCGGCAUGCGGCGAGGGCGUGGUGGCGGACGCGUGGUGGUCUUUGGGCCGAGCCAUGUCGCCCACUGGCCUGUGGCGUCGCCAAGACCUGCCCAAGAUGUCUUCGGCCUGGGGCACGGACCCACAAGGUGGCAGCCGCAAGCGUGGCGGACUUUACCGGAGGGCGCUGCUGGCUGCCGCGGCGUCGGCUGGCUUGCUGCUGGCGGUGCGCGCGGCCGGCGGUGCGCGGCGGCCCCAGCGCAACAGUGCAGGGGGCAGGCACGGAGGCCAAGCGGCUGCAGACGUCGCCGUCGCAGCUCCUGCCGCGGGUGUUGCAGCCGCAGCGCCAGCCGCUGAGGCCUCAUCGGGCCGCGCGAGUGGUCUCGCCAUCCGGUCUGGUCCGUUUCCCCUGGGGGAAGCUGACAGCCCCGACACCGGAACAGAGUGUACCCGUGCUGUGGCGUUUUAGAACCGCUAACCAGCGCUGAUAACGGUCACAGCGCCUCCACGCGGCACGGCAGCCGUCUGGCAUGGCCCAGCGGACGCUUUACCCAGCAGCCGCGGUGCGGCGCCGCCUCGCGCAGCAGGGCAGGAGGCCAGCUGGGGCGCGGUAUGGCGUUGGCGUCAUGGAUGCGGCGCACAAGGCCGGCGUGGGCAGUCGAGCCGGCGCUGCGGCGUGUGGGCAGUAUGCGGAGGCCGCAUCCGGACGGGCGGCUGUGGCGGUGGCUCCGGUUGUGCGGGGGAGAGCCAGGGGUGUGCACGGGAUGGUGAAGGUCGUAGAAGUGUUGGGCCGGCGGCGGUGGUGGUAGGGAGUGAAGAGAGGAAGGCUGAGGUGCUGUGAGGCGCUUCGCCUGCCGUGCAGGCGGUGGCCAUGUUCUUUUAGGGGUUAACGUUGAACCAAUCCCGCAAGGAAACAGUCGCGCUGCAAGGAGAACUGCAGCUGCAUGUUCGUUUAGGGGCUGGGCAUGGUGAGAGGCGGUGGCUAUGGCCGAGUCAAACAGGAAAUAGACCAUGCUGCCGUACGGCUUGAUUGCUGCGCUCCCGUAUUCGAGGUACAAACGAUAUUGGAUUCGGUUAUUGCUUCGCGUGUGCUUGCGGUGACAACGCUUUAACUCUCAUUCU